GGCUGCUUCUAGGAAGUUCCUCGUGCGCGUUUCGAAGGCGGGCUGGCGAGGUGGUUUUGGUUCACCGCUUCGAAGUGCUUCGCCGGUGCGGCUUCUGAGAUUGGAUAAUGGAAGAAUUGAUUCACCAAAGAUGGUUAAAAUAUAAAGCAUUUGAUCUAGAACGUCCUGUGAGUUUAAAGAAAUCAUGCUGAGAAUCUAGAAUACUUCCGAAAAAUGACAAUUUCCAUACUCAGUUACCUCAAAGAGUCAUUUACUGAAACUUUAGCUACAGUACCUGCAAAGUUAAAACACUGGAAAGUUCUGAAGAACUAAAGAAGUAAUUUUUUUUAUGAAGAAAAUGAAUUUUUCUCGAGCAGAAAAUUCUUGCUUUCUGCUUCUCUUGGUAAUCUUUCAAAUUAUAUUCGUCUUGAUACUUUACCGAGGCAGCAGUUCAGUUUUAUUUCAGGGUCAUUUAGAAAUACAUAAGUCAUUGGACUACUCAAAAUCAGAGGAUGUCUAUAUAAAUCUUAGUUUAUUUACUCCUGCUCCUCAAAAGACCACUAUGCAGACUUGUACAUCACAGUCAAAUAUACUUGUGGGACUCUUAACCAUCACCUUUGAUACACUACAUAGUGAAAGAACAAUUAUCCACAAAAAUCCAUAUGUCCAAUUGGGUGGCUGUUACAGCCCACCUCAUUGUCUAGCCCAUUACAAAACUGCUAUAAUUGUACCAUGCAGGAACUGUGAAAAGAAGUUGCACCAAUUUCUCUAUUACCUUCAUCCCUUUCUCCAACGCCAACAGCUUAGCUAUUGUAUCUACUUGAUUCAUCAGGCUGGAACUGGUCCAUUUAACAGAGCAAAGCUCCUUAAUGUUGGCGUCCAUGAGGCCAUGAAAGAGAAUGAUUGGGACUGUCUGCUUCUACAUAAUAUGGAUCUUAUUCCAGAAAAUGACUAUAAUCUUUAUGUCUGUGAUAAAUAUUAUCCCAAACACUUAUCCACUGCUAUUGACAAGUUAUAUUACCGCCUGCCAUAUUCGUCUGUUUUUGGUGGUGUUACUGCUUUGACCCCAGACCACUACAUGAAGAUAAAUGGGUUUCCAAACACAUACUGGGAGCAUCUUGAUGAAGAUGACGACAUUGCAGAAAGGAUCCAUAUAGCAGGAAUGAAAAUAAUUCAGGUUCCUCUUCAUGUUGGACGUUACAAAAUGAUGGGUUAUGAACAAACACCUAGCCCUUUGCUGAAUCUAAAAAGGCCUGCUAAAUUGCAUACUUCCCAAACAUGGAAAGAUGAUGGAACAAAUUCCCUUGUCUUCAAACUCUUAGAAAAGAAGAAAAAACAUCUUUAUACACACAUUGUGGUAGAUAUUGGAGCCACGCCAGCAUUACCACCUCCAAGUCAAAGAAAAAGGAAUAACACUUGACUUUGGCAUCAUCUGAAGCUUUCAAAUCCUAGAGCUUUUUACAAGCUAAAGUCACCAGGAAUGCAAGAAGGGGAAAGAGAACAUUGUUUUUGCAUGCAUUUGACCAAUUAAGCAGGAGCCAAAUACACUAUAAAGAAACCAUAUCUGAGGUAGAUUGGUUUUGCUUCAUUGACAUUAGCAACAUAGAAAUUAUCCUAUCUUGUUCUGCAGUAAACUGUCAGAAGCUAGAAGCUAUAGUUCUGCUAUAGGAAUUGUCAAGUACCAGCAACAAAUUGGUCUAUGAAUAAUUGCAAAAUGUCUACUGAAUCCUGUGCUCUUUUCUAAUUUGCACAACUCUUCUGCAUAGCAAAUAUUUUAAAAAAAGUUAUGUUAAUGUUACUUGUUACCAAUGUUUCAGGAAAUAUAUGAAUUUGGAAUUGACUUAUGGGUCUCUUUUUGAAAGGUUUUUCAUUAGAAAAUUCAGUUUUCUAUACCCAUAUUUUAAGAAUUUAAUACUUUAAGAAAGUAUUUUUUAAUUAUAUGUUAAUUAGGUGUUAUUUUAAAAUAUCUUAGUGAAUUUCAAGAAACAAUUUAAAAGUAUUAAUAAACAUGUAAGUAUUUGAAUGAA